AUGGCUCCUCCGUGCAAGGAGGCGGCGGAUCAACCAUCCUUCUUCCUCCCGGACGAGCUGAUCGAGGACAUCUUCGCGCGUAUGCCGGCCAGCUCGGCGCAGCGCUGCCGCUGCCUCUCCCGCGCCUGGGCCGCCGCGCUGUCCUCCCGGAGUUUCAUCGAUCGCCACCUCCGCCUCGCCAACCGACGAGACGGCUCCCGCUCCCGCAGCGUCUUCUUCCUCCCCGACUACCACUCGAUGAUCGCGCACACUUGGUCGCCCAGCCGCCCCUUGGUCGCCGUCAGCCGCGACAUCGCCGUAGUCACCCGCCAGUGCCGCGGCCUCGUCGUCCUAAUGCAGUUAUACGAAAACUACUACAACGGGCCGGGCUCUGCUGUCAGACUGGCGAAGUACUACGUCUGCAAUCCGUCCACCGGCCAGAUGACUGCGCUCCCCAAGGGCAAGGAUGCGUUCGGUUUGUGGCCGCUUAACCAUGACAGCUUGGGGAUUGGCUACGACGCAAGCAUCCAGAAGCACAAGGUGGUGCGCCUCUACUGCCGCGGUGCGCUCCCUCCGGCGUGCGAGGUUUACGUGCUCAACUCCACCACCAAACACUGGCGGCCGCCUGCCGGUGCACCCGACAAGGUGAUGCCGCCGGGAUUUGCUACGGAUUUCUGCAGCGACCAGAGCGUAUUCGCACACGGAUACCUGUACUGGGGUGCCCAGCCGGACAGGAAUAGCUACGGAGAAAGGGUCAUCAUAUCCUUCUCGAUCAGGGACGAGGUGUUCGACAUCCUGCCGCCGCCGCCAGCAGUGCGGCGAUUGUACCCCUGUGAGAUAACGGAGCUCGACCAGCGCCUAUGCCUCUUCAACAAUACGGAUAACAAGCGCGUGUUCGACAUUUGGGUGCUGCACGACCACCGGGCGGGCACUUGGGGUAUCCAUUGCCGCAUAGAUCUGGACAGGGAACCACUGGCUGGCAGGCGGUUGAUAUGCUCCUACCGUGUCUUCCCGCUUGACAUUGCUGACGAUGGCAGAAACAUUUUGCUCAGACCGGGGCCUCAUGAUAUCCCACAAGAUGAUUCGGAUGCCCACCAACUUUAUGUGUACAGACCUGCGACCGGAGGUGUGGAGAGCCUCCUCGUCGACGGUGGCAUAAUCAGUCACCACACCAUGGCACGAAGAGUUGCGGUGCCAUAUGAGGAAAGCAUUGAGCCAACUGGUUGA